GAUUGUAGGUGUGUUGAAACGAAUCAACUUUCACUUUCGCGUAGACCCCACGAUAAAGCUAGCCACAGUGCCCUGAGAAAAAUGGGGAAAUACACAGUCACUAAAAUUAUUACUGUUAUCAUAUCCGUGGCAGUUGUUCGCUGUGAACCACAAAAACAAAAAGACACAAGUGUUUCAGUUUCUUUGGAUCAGCCAAAUGGAUGUCAGUGUUCUGGAUAUGAAUGCAGUUGUUGUGUCAAGUUAAAUGUGGCAAAAAUCCAUUUAAAGGAAACUGCUUGCGUAGGAGCAAAGUAUUUGCCAAAAGAGAUUGGUAUCGAAUUGGAUCUGGAAUUGAACAAUAAAUCUUUGAUUCGUGAGAAAGUUUCCUUGAGAAAUCCUCCGCCAUUAUGCGUUGGCAUCCCACACCUUCAUGACUACGCAAGCUUGUGUGUGGUUUUGUACAAUGUCACUUGGUCUGGAAAAGUUGGCGCGUGCUUGAAAAUUGAAGCGAAACUUAUAGGAGCGACAAUUGAAGACAUCAAUGUUGGGUGUUUUCAUUUCAAUGACCAAGGUUUUAAGUUUACAAAAUUUUUAAGGAAUAUGUUAAAAUGGUUUUUGGAUAACUGGAAAACACCAGUUCAUGGCAAGAAGACUGGUAUAAUCCUUUAAGACCGUACUUGGUUGUUUUUUUAACACGGUUUUUGUAAAGCACACACACACUUUGCUUUUUAUAAGGAUCCCAACCCAACUCACUUUGUAAACUUUCUUUUUUUUUUCAUAUAAAUAAUUUAGUUCUAGGAAGAAAGAUGUACUAUUCCAAUUACUUCAAAGGAAGGUGAAGUAAACUUUCGCGAUUUCGCGAUUUUUGGCUGAAAUUGCAAAUUUUGUUCCUUUAAAAUAUUUUAAAAUAGACUGUCGCGAAAGCUAAUUCUCGACGGAUCUUUUUUCUCCAUUUGUUCUUCUUUUUAUGAGACGAAAAAAAUUCAUUUCUAUCACUUGAAUGGUUGUUAACCAACUCUUCGAAUCGCGAUUCAAAAAUUUUACCGUUUUGUGACAUUUUAUGAUAACUUUACAUUCUAUUUUAGGACCUUGAACAUAUAAUAAUCAACACCUAUGCUCUGUCGCGAAAGUUGAUUCUCGCAAUAAGAUCAUUGAAAUGGGAUAAGUGGCCAUUCGUAUGCUCAAUUGCGAAAAUUUCUUCCUUUGAAGUCUAUUGCUUUUUUUGAUGUUUUUUAUACUAGAGCUUUCUACUGUCUCUUUAUCUAUCUGUUUUUAUAUUGUUUUAUAUAAACAUAUAGUUUUCUAUUUAAAACAAUUUUGGUA